AUGUGGAAAAACAUCAGGCCAAGAAUACCGAUACCAAGAACUCUAAACCAUGUAUCCAAAAAACAAUAUGCUACCUCAAGUACAUGUGUAGAACUUCCGAGAGAUGUGAAAGAAUUACCAAUUCCAUCGGACUCAACUGUUUUUAGUAUGAUACAACCCACGGGAGAAUUCCAUUUGGGUAAUUACUUGGGGGCCCUGCAGACGUGGAAGCAAUUGAAUGAUUAUAAGAAAGCAGACACUCGAGCAGUAUUUGGUGUGGCAGAUUUGCAUGCAUUAACGAUUCCUAAACGCAAUAACGUGGAAACGUUCAGAAAUCUAAGAAUUAACUCAAUUGCUGGUCUAUUGUCAAUUGGCAUCGAUCCAAACAACUGCAUAGUGAAUUGGCAAAGCUCGGUUGGUGGCUUGCAUUGUGAACUGUUCUGGAUACUUUCAUGUUUGAUGCCAAUGGGAUACUUAAAUAGGAUGACACAGUGGAAAGCGAAGUCAAAAAGUGAUGAACUGAACAGUUGUGAGUUGGGGCUAUUCUCUUAUCCAGUGCUUCAAGCAGCAGAUAUUCUUCUUUAUAAAGCUACCCAUGUUCCGGUAGGUGAAGAUCAAAGACAACAUCUCGAAAUGUGCAGAUUUAUUGCUGAAAAAUUCAAUUCAUUUUACAAUUGUAAUGCGUUACCAUUACCAAAAACUUUACUGACGCCAACAAGAAAGAUUUUCAGCUUGACUGAUCCAACAAAGAAGAUGUCAAAGAGUAGUGGCGACAUUAUGUCAUUAAUCUACAUAAAUGAUGAGCCAAGUGUUAUAAGAGAAAAGAUAAUGAAGGCGAAGACCGAUUCCUUGUUUAAUGAAAAAUUCAAAUUUGAUCCUAACAGAAGACAAGGUGUUUCUAACUUGAUCAACAUUGUAAGUGGUUUACAGAGUCGUACAAUCGAGGAUGUUGAGAAUGACAUAGCGCAAUUUACCAGUUUCAAAGAACUCAAAGUCUACGUGGCCGACAUAGUCAUUGAUUCACUUACGGAACCAAAAAAAUUAUACAAUCAAUACUUAAAGGAGACCGAAUAUUUGCUAGAAAUAAUAACGAAAGGCAGUGAAAGAGCAAGAGAGAUCAGUGAGGCAAACUUGAAAGAAAUCAAGAAAAUUGUUGGUUUGUAA